AUCUGUUUCCUCGUUUUUUUCCAACUGCUAGAGGGGGGCUCAGUCCUUGGGCAGUGGCCCUACCCCACUCUGAUCUUUGCUUCCCCUGUCACACCGCCUUCUCUGACUUGGACCCUCCUGAUUCCCUCUUGUAAGGACAGUGUGACUUCAUUAAACCAGCAAAAGCUCCCCAUCUGAAGCUACUUAAUUCAAUCGCAUUUGCAAAGUCCUCAUUGCCAGGCCUUCCCUGAUGGAUAAUUUCUGCAAAGCAAAUGGCACUUUUGCCAUCACCUUACUAAAAGUACUGGGGGAAGAGGACCAUUCACGAAACGUCUUCUUCUCUCCUCUGAGCCUAAGCUCUGCCUUGGCCAUGGUCCUGAUGGGGGCAAAAGGAAACACCGCAGCCCAGAUGACCCAGGCACUUUGCUUGAACAAAGGCGGAAAUAUUCACCAAGGCUUCCAGUCCCUUCUCACGGACGUUAACAAAUCUGGCACCCAGUACUUAGUUAGAAUGGCCAACAAAAUCUUUGGAGAAAAAACAUGUGAUUUCCUUUCAACCUUCAAGGAAUCCUGUCAGGAGUUCUAUCAGGCAGAGAUGGAGGAGCUGUCCUUUGCUAAAGAUACUGAAGAAUGUAGGAAGCACAUAAAUACCUGGGUGACAAAAAAGACCAAUGGUAAGAUUUCAGAGCUACUGGCUGCUGGGGCACUUGACUCCCUGACUAAGAUGGUCCUCGUGAAUGCCGUCUAUUUCAAAGGAAAGUGGAGUGAGCAGUUUGACAGGAAGAACACGAAGGGAAUGCUGUUUAAAACCAACAAGGAGAAGAAGACAGUACAGAUGAUGUUUAAGCAAGCCAAGUUUAGAAUGGGGUAUAUAAAGGAAAUGCACACCCAGCUGCUGGAGAUGCUGUACGCAGAGGAGGAGCUGAGCAUGGUCAUCAUGCUCCCGGACGAGGACGACGAUCUGCCCGUGCUGGUGAAAACCCUUACAUAUGAGAAGUUGACAUCCUGGAUAGAAGACAUGAAGGAGAGUAGAGUUCAGCUUUUCCUUCCCAGACUAAAGCUGGAGGAGAAUUAUGACUUAGAGCCUUUCCUUCGAAGUUUAGGAAUGAUUGACGCUUUUGAAGAAGCCAAGGCUGACUUUUCUGGAAUGUCAACUAAGAAGAACGUGCCAGUGUCCAAAGUCGCCCACAAGUGCUUUCUGGAGAUUAACGAGGAAGGCACAGAGGCGGCUGCGGCGACCGCAGUGGUCAGAAAUGCCCGGUGCAGCCGGCCAGAGCCAAUGUUCUGUGUAGACCACCCUUUCCUUUUUUUCAUCAGGCACCACAAAACCGACAGCAUCUUAUUCUGCGGCCGGGUCUCUACUCCAUGAUCUCGGUACACGCCCUCUCCUUCCUGUUCUGUCUAACUUGCUUUCAUUAAAAUCCUUUGUGAGUGAA